AUGUCCAAAAUCCCACCCCUCCUCUCCUCCGCCCUGGCGCUCCCCCCAGAAUCCUCACUCAUCCUCCUAACCAACAUCCUAGGCGCAAGCACCAACUGGCUCGUGCUCCGCUACUUAUACAGCGCGCUGCUUACGAACGAGGAGACGAAUGUGGUGUUGGGGCUUGAUCUAGAGAAAUUUAUACUGAAAAAGAGAGUUGUUUUUGUGGAUGGGUUAGAGGGGUUAUAUGUUACUCAGACGCCACAGAAACAUGUGACUAUGAAGAGUACGGAGCAGAUUAUGUUGUCGAUACGGAGUGCGAUACGUGAAUUACAGAGUUCAAGUGGGAAGAAGACUUUGUUGGUCAUUGAUCAAUUGGAUCUACUGCUUGCAAUGAGUGGAGAUGAGUCUAGGCCUGUUCAGUUAGGAGAUAUGUUAUUAGAUCUUAGAGAGGAAGCGCAUUCGGUAGUCGUCACAAUGGCUGCUGAUAGUCCUUUGGUCACUGAGCAAGAAACUCCUCUUGAAAUCAAUCACGCCGCUCUGCUAUUGCAUACGGCUCAUCAAGCAGAUUUAACUAUAAGCCUGAGACUGCUCGAUAGUGGUACAGCUAGAGAUGUUAGUGGAGUCAUUCGCAUUACACGUGGAGAUGUAGGGUUCUCCAAGCAGGACGCGGCGGGAAAGAUUGAGGAACGAGAACUUUUGUAUUUUGUCGGUGGUGACGGUAGUGUAAAAGUAUUCGAGAGGGGACAAUAA